CCCAUCGGGGCCUUUUUCGAGUGCCUCUGCACGGCGCCCUGCAAGGCCUGCUCGGGCCUCUCGUGUUCGAACCCCCUCUCGUCCUUUGUGGUGACCACGGUGCUGGUCCAGCUCCCGGUCGUCGUCCUCUCCGCGAUGGAGCUGGGCGGCCUGGGGAGCUGCCGGGCGAGCCGGUGGCUCCUGGGGAUGCUGGUGGCGGGCCUCUCCCACCUGGCCGCGGGAUUYUACCUCGCGGCCAGGACCGGGAACGCCACCGACGAGGCCCUCCGGCACAGGCACCGGGCCACGGAGCGGAUCGGGUACCUGCUCUGCCACGAUCCGUGGAUCGCCGCGUACCUCCUGGUGGCAAUCUUUUACUUUUCGUGGCUCUGCGUGGGCUCGAGCCGGUCCAUCAACGGGUACUUUGCCGAGGACUACGGGAGCGCCGGGGGCUGCGGGAGCGACGCCCGGGACCGGGUGUCCGCGGUCCUGGGGCUCGGCUGGUUCUACCUCUUUGCCGGCCCGACGGUCCUCUCCUGCACCGUCUGCUGCGCGAGCUGCUGCGACAAGAAGGACUACGCGGCGGACGAYGAAGCCUUUGCCGCGGCGGAAGCGGGAAGGCAGAGCACGAAGCGCCCGUCGAAGCCUUCCRGCGAAGGCACACCGGGCACCGGGGCCCCACCGGACACCGGACCGCCGAGGACCUACUCGGCGGAGGGGAUCCCCAUCGACCGCAAGGACGACGACGACGACGAGAGCGAGGUCGUCCAGGCGGAGGCCGUGGUCGAGGGAGAGGUUCUGCCCCCGCCCGUGAUGCCGCCGCAGUCCAAGAAGGACGACGCCGCGGCCGCCCCCAAGACCGGAACCCCGCCCGCCGCCAAGACCAAGCGGUGGUUUGGACGGGGCAGGGGCAAGAAGGACGGCGAAAAGGACCCGGGGGUUCCCGACGCGAAAGCAACCGUGUACUAGGGAAACGGAACGGAACGGAUCUCCUCCUCCCGGGUGGAAUGGAAGGUUAUCCGGCGCGGCACGGGAAUGAUGGCCGGAAGGGUUUGCGUGCGGUGGCGACGCCGUGCCGUCGCACCCUGCCGGGUAGUUUUGUGGAUUGUAAAAAGAAAAAAGAAAAAACGUUUCGUACAGUAUGGUACCAGUUCGUGCCGUAGUAGGUAGGAAUGCCGUCUGUUGCUUGUGUCUAGUAGGAUACCCGUACCGCACUUGUACACACACCGCGUGAUGCGCAGCCGUGCGAUGCAUCGCCGAACCCCCGUCCGCCCAAGCAAACCUGGCGUUCUCGGAAUGGUGCUGGUAUCCGUAGCGUAGCGUAGUGCAGUGCAUCGUUUUGCUCGGGCCUUGCUUUGGCUUGCCUUUGGCGCCGCAAGCCACGGGUUCGAGAAGAGAAGGCGAAUGGAACAGAUGAUUUGUUCUGGAGCAGAAGGAUCGAUGAAAAAAAAUCCCCCGCCGCGUUCCUUCCAUGUUCCUUACCAUACGUAAGAUCGGUAUGCUCGCAUGUAUGCUAGGUACUUGUAAGUCGUAUAUACGGUCCCAGCAACCAAGGCUCAUAACCUGCAAAGUGUACGUAUGCUCCUUAGUGUCACAUAAAGGGAUGUUUAAAUUAAAGAGUGAGCGUGGUGAUUAUUCACUCACUAUCUACUCGUGAUCUACGUGAUUUACGUGUUACUGGCUCACAAAAGGAAUGCAUCACGCACGUGCCUGCCGUCCGUUGGCAUCCGACACCGUCCUACCGUAACUACCCCGUAGUACGGUUCCCUACCAUAUUCUUCCUUACUCGGGAGUUCGCGAAAAGAACACAAAGAACAGCUUGUUGCAUUUGCAUCUUUGUSACCCGUUCGUGCAUGCAAUACUUUGGGUGAUCGAUACGUGCGUACUUAUCAAUUCCGUAUCAGAAGAAUAUGGAACAAUCGCSGUUUGUAGGUAGAACCAAUACGAAGAUCAACUUUGAAGUUUAAAUGGAAAAACAGAAUUACGAGGCGAGUCAUGGGGAUCAGACAGAAAGUAUACUCCUUUUAUCGUUCUAUCAUUCCAGUCCUAUGAAUUUUUAUUUUUAUGUUCUUCUAUAUUUGAGAAGGUCCCAAUGGAAAAAAUUUAAACGCAUUUUAUGUAUGCCAUUUUCGCAAUCUCGUUAAGAAAUUACUACGUACAAACUAAAAAAAACUUCCUUUCUCCGUGUUUAACUCUGAGAAGGAUUGACAAAGAAGAAUUGUUCGCCAUCCCUGAACUAUCGUUCUUAUGUCUCCGUCCAACAUUUGACAAUGAUCUAUUGUUUUCACAUUUACGACUUUUCACGUACUGUACGGUUAUGUUUUUAGUCUUGUGUAGGGGACAAAAGUUCUGACCAUAGAUCGGAAGCAAUCCGGCCCCGUUUCGAUGGCUUGAAAUACCUUCCAGUAAAUUAUACCGAUACACGGGUUGCUAACACGGAGACAUCCCCUUCAGAGUUUCUAAAACGGUUUCCUCUUUUCACGGUUUUUUCGCUGCGAUACCGUACGGAUCUGUCCCAUCGGCCCUGCGAUGAUAAAAAUGACGAUGGUGGAAGAGUAAGCUGUUCACCCCUGGUAGUGCGUGCGAUUAUGGCUUUCCUCAUGAUCCCUGGUACAAUUUCAAAUUUCACAMCCUAGAGAAAGAAAGAAUUGGAAACUUCCAGUUCUGCAACGGAGCGUAAGAUCAUUAAAWUUUUUUAUUGAUAGCAUGCAAAACGUUGUGUUUGUAGUAAUAUGAAGGGAUGAUCGCAGAAUUUUUCGGCCUUGGUUCACGUUGCAUUUGUGAAACAACUACACUAAGAUCACCGCAAACAGUUAACGUAGGAUAUGCAUUUUGCA